UGUUUUAAGCCUCUUAUCUCUUUCAAACUCUUUUUUCGUCUCGCUUUAAUCUCUCAGUUAGUUUCUACAGAGAUCAUCAAGUGUUGGCUGGCUACAACUUCUGUAUUUGGAUAAGGUUUUAAUACUCUUUCAGCGUCUACUUGUGGGUUGUGCAGUAAAGCAAGAUGGGUUUGGGUUUUGCCAAGCUUGUUAGCAGUUUCUUUGCAAAGAAGGAGAUGAGACUUCUGAUGGUUGGUCUUGAUGCUGCUGGUAAGACAACUAUUCUGUACAAGCUCAAGCUCGGAGAGAUUGUCACCACCAUCCCCACUAUUGGUUUCAAUGUGGAAACUGUGGAGUACAGGAACAUCAGUUUCACAGUGUGGGAUGUCGGGGGUCAAGACAAACUCCGUCCCUUGUGGAAGUACUACUUCCAGAACACUCAGGGUUUGAUCUUUGUAGUGGACAGCAACGACAGAGACAGAGUUGUUGAGGCUAGAGAUGAACUGCACAGGAUUCUCAAUGAGGAUGAGCUGCGUGAUGCUGUGUUGCUGGUAUUUGCCAACAAGCAAGAUCUUCCUAAUGCGAUGAAUGCAGCUGAAAUCACAGAUAAGCUUGGCCUUCACUCCAUGCGUCAGCGUCACUGGUAUAUUCAGAGCACAUGCGCAACUUCAGGUGAAGGACUGUAUGAAGGCCUGGAAUGGCUGUCCAACAACAUCGGUGGCAAGGCGUAAUGACGCAAAACUGCAUGGCAUCGAGAUGCUUCUUCUUGAUGUGUGUUGGGAUAAUAUAUCUAGAUGCAAGAGAAGAUUAUAAAGAAAUUAUUAUUAAAUGAACCUUUUUUCUAUGGAGUAUGUAAAUUGUCUGAUUGUACAAGUACGUGUCUUGUAUGGUUUAUUACUUUCGGUGUACUUUAGUAAAACAUGGAUUGAUGAUUGAAUGUUACUGCUUUCUUGUAGUGCACAAGUAUUUUCGCCGUGUC